UCCUGUGCAUACCCUCGUCCCGUAGACGAGCCCGUCGAAACUGAAGUCGCCUCGCCCCGCCCACCCCCCACGCUCCCGUCCAAGCCGACGAAUACCGGCCCAACCCCAGCCGGCUCCAACAUCUUGACAUUUUUUUCACCACCGCAUCCACCCACCACACACACUCGCAUGACCAACGCCGCCGACGACGCGAGGCUGCACAAUGUGCACCCCGAGAUGGGGGACAAUGACCACUACCUCACGCGCGACGACGUCGCGCUCGAGGGGCUCGGAUACAAGCCUGAGCUGAAGCGUUCCUUCUCCAAGCUCGAGACGUUUGGCGUCGCCUUCUCCAUCAUGGGCGUCGUCCCGUCCAUCGGCUCGACCAUCAUGUACUGCCUUCCGUACGGAGGCCCAGUAGGCAUGAUCUGGGGCUGGGUGCUCUCUGCCUUUUUGAUCUCGUUCAUCGGCUUCGCGAUGGGCGACCUCGCGUCCUCGAUGCCGACGUCCGGAGGUCUCUACUACUGGACCCACCGUCUCAGCCCGCCAGAGUACCGCAACUUCCUGUCCUGGUUCGCGGGGUACAACUCGUUCCUCGGCAACACGGCAGCCACGUCGAGUCUUGCAUGGGCGUGCGCGGGCAUGUUCUACGCCGCGGCGAGCAUCGCCAACGAGGACUUUUCCCCGUCCGUCGGCGCAAAGUUCGGCCUGUACUGCGGCAUCCUGAUCUUCUGCGGCCUGUUCUGCUCGUACGGCACGACGGCGUUCGCGCGCAUGCAGACGCCCGCGACGGUCCUCAACCUCGCCCUCGCGCUCGUCACCAUCAUCGGCCUGCCCAUCGCCCGCAGGCACGAGCUCGGCAGCGCAAAGUGGACGUUUGGCGGCUGGGGCAACCUGUCCAACUGGCCGAACGGGUUCGCCUUCUUCCUGUCCAUGCUCGCGCCGGUGUGGACUAUCUGCUCGUUUGACUGCGCCGUCUCCAUCUCGGAGGAGGCGUCCAACGCCGCCAUCGCCGUGCCAGGCGCCAUCACCGGCUCGAUCGGCCUCGCCGGCGUGCUCGGCACAGUCAUCAUGAUCAUCCUCGCCGCCACCAUGGGCGAGGACCUCGAAGCCAUCAACAACAGCGCCAUCGGCCAGCCCCUCGCCUUCAUCUACCUCCAGGCCUUUGGCAAGACGGGCACGCUCGUCCUCUGGUCGUUCAUGAUCAUCGCGCAGAUGAGCAUGACGGCGUCGCUUUUGCUUCCCGCCUCGCGCCAGGCGUUCGCGUUCGCGCGUGACGGCGCCCUGCCGUUCUCCGGGUUCCUGUACAAGGUCGACAGGUGGUCCGGCACGCCAGUGCGUACCGUCUGGCUUGUCGUCGGCGCUGCCAUCCCGCUCGGCGCGCUCGGCUUCGCGGACCCAGUCAACGAGUCGGCCAUCAACGCCAUCUUCGCGCUCGCCAUUCUCGGCCCGUACGUCGCCUACUUCCUCCCCAUCUUCUCCCGCCUCCUGUGGGGCCAGGACAACUUCAAGCCGGGACCAUGGUACCUUGGCAAGUGGUCGCGCCCUGUCGCGUGGGUCGCUUGCGGCUGGAUGGUGUUUGCCGCUGUGCUCUUCUGCUUCCCCGCCGACCGCGGACCCGACGCCGGCAGCAUGAACUAUGCGAUCGUCGUCGCGGGCGCCGUGUGGGUGUUCGCGACGGGAUACUACUACUUCCCCAAGUAUGGCGGCAAGACCUUCUUCACCGGCCCGCGCACCGAGGACCUCUCGGCCGACAUCAUGGCCCACGCGCAGGAGGACGCCCACCUCCCCCCCGGCCUCAGCACGACCGCUUCCGCGUCGCAUGGAUACAUUGCCGACCCCAACAAGCGCCACCCGCACAGCGUCACGACGCAGGCGGUCGACGACGACUCGGACUCGGAGUCGGUCCCAAAAAUUGUAUAACUAAACACAACAGCAUCACUUGCACAUCUUUCUUAAUUGUAUCGCAUCGCGUGCAGCGUUGUUACUCGAGGAUUCCAUUCUUGAGCUCGUAGAAAAAUUGCCAUAGCCGCAUGAACAUCAUGAACAAUCA